AUGGCAGCCAUCUCACAAAGAUCCUGCUGUGCAUGUGGUGCACCUCCAGGAGUGCCACAUUAUUGCCCAGCCAACAACAACCGGGUCGUCGUCUAUGGGUUUAGAGCCCCGCCGGCUCUGUCUAAUAAACACGGAGCUCCGAACCGUGUGUACCACCAGCAACUGCCCUGCAGGCCAGCCGUGGCGGCAGUGAGGCCGCGGCCACAACCACAGCCACCACUCAUGGGUGGUGAGUGUUACUAUUGCGGCGGUAACAAGAGGGCGUUGUUAUGUGGUAUUACUUAUGGGAGUGGACCUCAUCCACUUGAGGGCUCAGUGAAUGACGUCCUCUUCAUGAAAGAAUUCCUCAUUCAAAACCUAGGAUUUCACCCUCACUCCAUCGUCCUUCUCAGAGACGAUAUGUAUAACAACCCAAAGACAAUCCCGACAAAAGCCAACAUAAUAGAAGCCAUGAGGUUGCUGGUGAGGGGUUGCAGGGAAGGAGACUCCCUGGUGUUUCACUACUCAGGACAUGGAUCCAAUGUGGUGGACGACGACGGCGAUGAGGUCGACGGCUACGACGAAGCAAUAUGCCCUGUGGAUUACGAGAAGGCAGGCAAAAUACUGGACGACACCAUCAACGACAUCCUCGUUAAGCCUCUCCCUCGUGGCACCAAACUUCACGCCAUUAUUGAUUCUUGCAAAAGUGGCACUGUUCUUGAUUUGCCAUUCAUGUGCCGGAUGAACAGGUUACGUGAAUACAUGUGGGAAAAUCAAAUGAGAGGGAGAGGGCAUUGUAAAGGAACAAAUGGAGGGACUGCCAUUUGCAUAUCUGCCUGUGAUGACGAUGGAUCCGCUGGGGAUACCUCGGCAUUUGGAACGGGUGGUGGAGCCUUGACUCACAGUUUCAUCAAAGCCAUGAGAAACCAAUUAGCCACUACUGGUGGAUUGAGUUAUGGACACUUGCUUCACUCAAUGCGAUCCAUAAUCCUCCAAGCUAAGCAACCCUUUGCCUUAAACUCUUAUCACCAACAAUUCCACAUCAACCAUCGCCAGCACUAUUCUAAUGUAAGACCUUAA